GAAACAUGAUGCCUUAAGAGUAGCCAUCACAUGGUGGAAAUUUCCACUAGUCCCUUGGCUGAUAAAUUGGAAGGAUCUCCGCUGAACUUCACUUGCACUUCUACUCGCCAACCUUCCAUGGUACUACAGAAGAAUUUAUUUUGGUUGUUGCCCACUUUUCAAAUUGUCACCAAGUAUUCUGACAUACUGAAGGCCUGAAAAAGCCAUGGACCGUAUGGAGCUAAAGAAAGUCUGCACAGAUGCAGAUGAUGACAGUACUGACAGCUUGGAUGAUCGAUGCACAGAGCCCAUUGACUCGGAGAAGGCCACCAUCAAUAGUCAAUUCCUUGAUGAUGGUGAUGAUGCAGAAAGCCAAAAGUUCCUAACCAAUGGCUUGAUGAAGAAGAAGUAUGAAGAAUAUCAUGAAGAAUAUCAUCCAGGACACACUUCUUUUGGGAUGUCUGUCUUCAACCUAAGUAAUGCCAUUAUGGGAAGUGGCAUCCUGGGUCUGUCCUAUGCCAUGGCCAACACUGGUAUCCUGCUUUUUGUGAUCCUUCUUCUGGGUGUGGCUGUUUUGUCUCUAUACUCUGUGCAUCUGCUGCUGAUGACUGCAAAAGAAGGAGGUUCCCUCAUCUAUGAAAAGUUGGGAGAGAGAGCUUUUGGGUGGCCAGGAAAAGUAGCUGCAUUUGGAUCGAUUACUCUUCAAAAUAUCGGAGCCAUGUCCAGCUACCUCUUCAUUGUGAAAUACGAGCUUCCUGAAGUCAUCCGGGCCUUCAUGCAAUUGGAGGAGAGUUCUGGUGAAUGGUAUCUCAAUGGAAAUUACUUGGUAGUGUUUGUGUCUAUUGGGAUCAUUCUGCCACUAUCCCUCCUCAAAAACCUUGGCUAUUUGGGCUACACAAGUGGAUUCUCCUUGUGUUGCAUGGUUUUUUUCCUUGGCGUGCUGAUUUAUAAGAAGACCCUGUUGCCUUGCCCUCUGCCUUUCUUCUCCCAUCACUCCAACUCCAGUAUGAAUGGUUCGACAGCGCUGGCCCCCUUUGCUCUUCAUAACAGCAGCGCUCUCGUGGACUUUUCCAGAGCUGAUGUGUCCCCAGCAGUGUCAGCCAGCCAGCAUGCCCCCCACACCACGGGUGUGCACUAUAAACCCCACCCUGACGACGAGGACAUGUGCACACCCAAGUACUUUGUGUUUAACUCACAGACUGCGUACACAGUGCCAAUUCUUGCAUUUGCUUUUGUGUGCCAUCCUGAAGUCCUUCCCAUCUACAGUGAGCUGAAAGAUCGUUCUCGGCGGAAGAUGCAGAAUGUGUCCAACCUGUCUAUCCUGGCCAUGCUCAUCAUGUACAUGCUUUCUGCGUUAUUUGGUUACCUUACCUUCUAUGAUAAUGUUGAGGCAGAAUUGCUUCACACGUUCACCAAAGUGUACAAGUUUGACACUAUGCUGCUGUUGGUGCGUCUAGCUGUCCUUACGGCGGUUACUCUUACAGUGCCCAUUGUGCUGUUCCCUAUCCGUUCCUCUAUUACCACACUGCUGUUCAGUGGACGAGAAUUCAGCUGGACACGCCACUUGCUUAUUGCUGCUGCCAUCCUCGCUUUUAACAAUCUCCUAGUCAUCUUUGUCCCCACUAUUCGAGACAUUUUUGGUUUUAUUGGCUCCUCUGCAGCUACCAUGCUGAUUUUUAUCUUGCCUGCUGCUUUCUAUUUACGACUGGUCAAGUCUGUGCCACUUCGCUCCCCGCAGAAGAUCUCUGCUGCCAUUUUCCUAGUGGUGGGUAUCAUCUUUAUGAUUGUCAGCCUGUCACUCAUCGUGCUGGACUGGAUUCAUAACCCUCCUGGCUCUGGGGGUCACUAAGUACUCCGACCCACGACCACACAAACCCCCUACAGAGUUAUGCAGUGCACCCGGGGGGUUCCGCUUUACCCUCACAACCACCUAAUCAUCCUUUGGCCCUCCCUUCUCCUCUACGGUACAGGGACCUCAUCUUUGGGUGCAAUGCCCCCAGAGCCUCUUAUGUGCAAAAAAUACCACAGACUGAACAGUCUACAUGCUGUGAGUGGCUGUUUGCCUCCAUCUAAAAUGCCUUUUGAUAGAGUAUACUUUUUAUUUUUCUGUUAAAUGUUCUUGUUACAUAGUUAAGCUAGGAUCAAAAGUGACUUAAUGCAAAAGUCAUAAACUGAGACAAAAUGCAAAAAUCAAUGGGCAAUCUAGACGAGAGCAUAUAUAUGAUGUAGUCUUUUAGAUUGCCCAAUGAUUUCUGCAAUAAUAGAAGAGACAAUGCCAAGGGAAGCAGGGACCUCAAACUCUGGAGAACUCGAGUACUGCUAAAUAAUAGGAUUUGGUCAGGGGGCUAUUAACGGGACAUUUUGAGAGCCAUUGGUCACAUGAACUUGAAGAUGGUAGAGAAAAGAGAGAGAGGGGUAAUCCAGGGAGCACUUCCAGAGCACUUCAAGAAAAUAUUUCAUCUUAUUGUGUUUUAUUUAAACUUCAGAUACAUAAAUACAUACAUACAGCCAGACCAGCCGAAUUUGAAUCCUUACACUCAUUUAGUAAAGUAGAUGUUCUUCACUAAUAAACCCAAAGAUUGCAUUCACACAGCCUACGGCAGACGUUAUAACAUGUUUUGUUGAGACAAAAUCCUGGCACUCGCAAUGACUUGAACGCUCAUUAGGUCACAGAAGGGUGAACAGUGACAUUGUCAAAACUUGGCCCGCAUUCCAAAUAAACAUUACUUCAGAAACAGGCAGCCAUUUUAAAAUCCCAACAACUCAAAGCAUUCACCAAGGGACACCAUUCAGUAUUACUGUUACAGAGAGAUGUGGAUGUGCAGGAGACUUGAAUGUACUUAGUAGUUCUGCUAUCUACAGAUCUAAGCAUUGUAUCAUAUUACAUUGGUGCAAUAUCUGAACCUGGUUUUUCAUCCUAUGGCUUAAUUGUGUUAUCCUAAUGCAAUAUAUGAGGCCCAUUGUCAUCUUUAAUAGUUUCAUCUUGUAUCUUAAGUUCAUCAUGAAUAUAAUUAAAACUAAGCAGUUCUGGCAGUUCCUAAAUCUUGAAUGAAAAAGUAAGGAUCAAAAACUAAGUAUGGUGUGGGUACAUGAGAAUGUGGUUUAAGUUGUUUUAUUUCAUAGUUAUGGUUUGUUUUUGUGAUUUUAUCCCUGGUUUGUUGCAAACAAGAUUUGGGUUAGUACCAUUGUUUAAGAUUCAAAUUAAAGAUAUCUAUGACACUUGUUGUUACAAACUAAAAAAUAUGUGCCCUUUUUUUCUUAAUUCUAAGGUUAAAUUGUUAAGAUUAAAUCCUGCCAAAGUGAACAUUUACAUAUCUUCCAGAUUUACAUUUAAAACAUAAUUCAAAUUAAAUGACUUGUGUGCAUAUGACAAACAUGUUUUUUUUGACAGCUGUAUAUGCCUUGUAAAUAAUCAAUAUAUGGUACACUCACUGAAUUGUUUAUAUGAGAUUUGUAAGAGACUUUAAGUCUGCAAUCUUAUGGUUUUAGUAUUAGCUAUUGUCCGUUCUUUCUUUAUGGAAGCUUGUACAUUUGUAGAAAAUAGUUUAUCACCUUACAUGUUUUCCUAGUCAUUUACUUCUAGACAGAUUUGGGAAACAUGAUUAAGUAUCCUUACAUUCAUCAUCUUGCAGUGGAGCAUGUUAGCUAGAAGUGUCAUUGCCUUGAGGCCUUGCAUGACUUUUUUACAGCUUUGGUAAAUACUUGAUUCUUCCCAUGUAGAUCAGUAUACCAUUCAAUGUUCAGUAAAACUCAACAUUGAGUGACGGGAGCCACUUACGUGCUUUAAUUUCAGUUUAGCCUUUUACUGUUCUUGGGGUAAUGUGACACAAUCCGUACAUUUAUAUUAAACCUCAGGCAUAGUAUACCAUGCAGUGGCAACAUUAUAUUAAAUGCAGUUAGUCUGUCAUAUUGCCAUAUAUGUGAUCAAAACAAGUAUACAGGUGAGAAUUUAGAGCUUUUUCAAGGAAGAACUAGAGACAGGAUUUUAGACAUGUAAAGGGUCAUACACUGGGGGUUGGAGGAAUUACAAUGCCCUUAUUGUCUCUCAGGUACUGCAUCUUUGUCAAAACACUCAUUUGACAUUGAACAUCUUAUCAUGCUUAAAACAGAGUAGAAAAUGGGUCUGGUCAUCUCCCUGUCUAUAAUGUUUACACCAGUUUUUUCCUAGCAUUUGAAAUAAAAAAGGUUGGCAAGUGUUCAGUCAAUACAGAAUUGAACAACAUGGGAAAAUGUGAUACACUAAAAAGUUUUUUUAUUAUUAUUAUUAUAAAACUGAGAAGCACAGGAUUGAUGCCUUGCAAUUGAGUGCCGGCCUCCAAUGACAAUGCAAACGGUAUAUUUGCCUGAACAAGGGGGAUUUUUAUAUUAGUGAAGCAAAUCCAAUACCAUGUAAUAUGAAUAAUAAAAUGUGAAAUGAAACACC